GCUAACAUCCCGCACGUUCCGCUUGGGCGUCAGCCGCUGCCGCAGUGUGGAACGCUGGGCCUGGCCUGAGGCCCUGCGCCUUCUUCCGUCGGCCACACGCUCGAUGCCCGGUUUGAAGUAGGCGGUCGGAGACCUCUUAAAGGCGGUGGUCCUUUAAGCGGGCGAGAGGAUGGUAUUUUUAUCGGCCGACUUUUAAUAUUCGAUGUAAUCAUAUUGUGGCGAGACGUGGGAGUCCUCGAGUUUUAGUGAGGUUUCUGUAAUCUUACGGUUGUCCGCCAGUGGCCUGGUCUUGUGUCUUCGCCCGCCCCCGCCAUUGCCGCUCCCGGCGACACGGAGAAGAUGGAGGCCGAGGGUCUGUGUAAGGGAGACGGCGCCCGCAAUGCGGUGGCCCCGGAGCCUCACCGCCUGCGCGCCAUCGGGGCGAGAGACCGCUCGGCGAACCCCAGUCCCCGCGGGGAGGAGCCCGGCACCAACGGGGACGAGGAGGAGGCGGAGGAGGAGGACUACGAGGAUUCCGAGGCCGAGCAGUACCGGGGUGGCCGCAGUGAGGAGGUGGACUGGGAAGUCAAGCUGCAGUCCUACACCUGGUGCAAGGAGUUCCUGGCUGGCUCCUGGAAGCUGAUCUCAGUGGAGGAGUUCCAGAUCUCGGUGAUCAGUGGGGGUCUGAGUAAUCUUUUGUACCUCUGCGCAUUGCCGGACCAUGUGUUAAGUGUUGGGGAUGAACCUCGCCAGGUUCUACUGCGUGUUUAUGGAGCCAUCUUGCAGGGUGUGGAUUCUCUGAUAUUGGAAAGUGUGAUGUUUGCUGUUUUGGCAGAACGUGCCUUGGGACCAAGAUUGUAUGGAGUAUUUCCACAGGGGCGUCUGGAACAGUACAUUCCAAGCCGUCGGCUGCUGACUGAAGAGUUGGCAUUUCCGGAUUUUUCCGCAGAGAUUGCUGUGAAGAUGUCUCGAUUCCAUGGAAUGGUCAUGCCGUUCAACAAAGAACCAAAGUGGCUGUUUGAAACGAUGGACAGGUAUCUCAAACAGAUAAUGGGGUUGACUUUCACCAGAGAGACGCAUGUGAAAAAGUUCAACAAGCUGAAAAGUUUCAACCUGCCAGCGGAGUUAGCAAACUUAAGGUCACUGCUAGAAGCCACUUGGUCACCUGUAGUUUUUUGUCACAAUGAUGUCCAGGAAGGCAACAUUCUACUUUUGGCAGACAGAGACCCCUCAUCCACUGAGCAACUGAUGCUGAUUGAUUUUGAGUACAGCAGUUAUAACUACAGGGGUUUCGAUAUUGGAAACCACUUUUGUGAGUGGAUGUACGACUAUACUUAUGAUCAGUGGCCAUUCUUCAAAGCCAGUAUGGAGAAAUACCCCAAUCGACAGCAACAGCUUCACUUUAUCCGCCACUACCUAUCUGAAUAUACUGGCAAUAAGGGAGACUCUAUUCACGACGACCAAACAAAGAUUGAAGAGGAGAUGAUCAUUGAGAUUAACAGGUAUGCCCUUGCCUCUCAUUACCUAUGGGCACUCUGGGCUAUUUUACAGGCGAAGAUUUCCACUAUUGAAUUUGGUUAUCUGGAUUAUGCCCUUUACAGACUGGAAGCCUACUUUGAACAGAAAAGAAUAUUUGCGUAACUCCAGAUGGGAAUAACACUCAAACCUUUUACUUGAUUUUAAGAUGUUCGUUUUUUUUCUUUUAAAAAUAAUACUAUGUGUUUACAAUCACAGUAUUGCUUCCUGACCAUUUAACAUUUAUCCAUGUUUUGACUGUUUGUGUCACAGACUGACCUAUAAUUCACUAUUCUAAUCAAGUGUUGAGAUUAAUGAACAUUCUUUAGACUGCCGGUAGUUCAUAUGUCAAGUCAUUGUGCUAACAGGCUGUACAAGCUAGGGUGAUCUUUGUUGAAAGGCCUGUGUUCUGUGGAUAUUUAUCAGGGUAGGUUCAAUUUUUUCCUUAGUGUAUACAAACAGUGGAAAUAGACUGCUGUCUGGAGGCCUGUUCUGCAGGAAAUGCUAGUUAAGAGAAGUUCAGACCAAGUACUCCACUGACAUUUGUCUGGGCUAACAAAUGAAGGAUGUCUAUUUGUGCUUGGGAGGGUAAAGGGGAGGUGAACGCUUGAACUAAAAGCUAAUGGUAACUCUUGCAGAACAUGUUGGCAUUGGUAAAAUAACUGGACUUACAUUCUUAUGAUCUAAUGAACUAAGAUGUGAGAGCAGAAGUUGGUCAUUCAACCCACUGAGCCUGCUCUGCCAUUCACUGCAGGGGUAAAUUUAUGGUUUGACUCAGUUUGAUGGACUAACUUGGUUCGGUGAAUAAAUGAAGUGAGUGAUAUGGGUAUAUUUCCAUUUACUGACAUUGGAGCAAAGCGGUCAUUCUUUACUUUUUUUUAAAUUUGAUCACAGGAUAUACAAAUUACUGGCAAGGCCAGAAUUAUUCCUGCAUAUUUUCUCCCCAUCAAUACCUUUCUCAUUUCUUACAGUAUAUUCCUCUCC